UCGCAACGCAACUAACCGAACCGCGCUGGCACGAGCUCGUAUUCCAUCGCGCCGCCAGCACCAACCUUGAAGCACGAUGGAGCCGGCUCCCUCCUCCUCGUCACCGCCGCCGCCGCACGUCGCGGUGGUCGCGUUCCCCUUCAGCUCCCACGCGGCCGUCCUCCUCUCCUUCGCGCGGGCCCUGGCCGCCGCGGCGCCGGCCGGGACGCUCCUCUCGUUCCUCUCCACCGCGGGCUCCACCGCGCAGCUCCGCAGGGCCAACGCGGUGCUCCCGGGGAGCCUGCGCUUCGUGGAGGUCCCGGACGGCAUGCCGGCGGACGGAGGCGAGGGCGUGCCGGUGCCGCGCCGGAUGGAGUUGUUCAUGGCGGCCGCGGAGGCCGGCGGGAUCGCGGAGGCGCUGGAGGCUGCCAAAGCCGCGGCGGGUGGAGCCAGGGUGAGCUGCGUGGUGGGCGACGCGUUCGUGUGGCCGGCGGCCGAGGCGGCGGCCGCUGCCGGGGCACCGUGGGUGCCAGUAUGGACCGCCGCGUCGUGCGCGCUCGUGGCGCACCUCCGCACCGACGCGCUCCGGGAGGACGUCGGCGACCAAGCCGCGAGCCGGGCGGACGAGCUGCUGGUCUCCCACCCGGGCCUCGCCAGCUACCGCGUCCGCGACCUCCCCGACGGCGUCGUCAACGGCGACUUCAACUACGUCAUCAGCCUCCUCGUCCACCGCAUGGCGCAGCGCCUCCCGCGCGCCGCCGCCGUCGUCGCGCUUAACGCCUUCCCGGGCCUCGACCCGCCCGACGUCACCGCGGCCCUUGCCACCGCGAUGCUGGACUGCCUCCCCUUCGGCCCCUACCACCUCCUCCUCCCCACCGCCUCCGAUGACGACACCGCGCCCGCCGACCCGCACGGCUGCCUCGCCUGGCUCGACCGCCACCUCGCGCGCGCCGUCGCGUACGUCAGCUUCGGCACGGUCGCGUCCCCGCAGCCGGACGAGCUCCGCGAGCUGGCGGCCGGACUGGAGGCCGCUGGCGCGCCGUUCCUGUGGUCCCUGCGGGAGGAGUCGUGGCCUCUGCUCCCGGCGGGGUUCCUCGACCGCACCCGGGGCCUCGUGGUGCCGUGGGCCCCGCAGGUGGGCGUGCUGCGGCACGCGUCGGUGGGCGCGUUCGUGACGCACGCCGGGUGGGCGUCGGUGAUGGAGGGCGUGUCCAGCGGCGUGCCCAUGGCGUGCCGCCCCUUCUUCGGGGACCAGCGGAUGAACGCGCGGUCCGUGGCGCACGUGUGGGGCAUCGGCACGGCGUUCGACGGGCCCAUGACCCGCGGCGGCGUGGCCAAUGCGGUGUCGGCGCUGCUGCGCGGGGAGGAAGGGACCCGGAUGAGGGAGAGGGCGCAGGAGCUGCAGGCCGCGGUGGCCAAGGCGUUCAAACCCGGUGGCGGGUGCAGGAAGAACUUCGGCAAGUUCGUCGACAUAGUUUGCCGCGUGUGAAGUUGUAAUUCUAGGUUUGCUGCCAUGGAAGGAAGGAGGUCUUCUAACGUAAAUGCAAGGUGACUUAGCCGCUAACAUGUGGAUUAACUUUCAUUGGAUCUCAUUUGUCAGCGACUAAGUCGUUCUAUGCAAUUAUAUCAGAUGAACCACUUCUUUCUACCAUACGCUCCAACUGUCGUUUAAUGGUGUCGGUGACAUCAGCAUAAGACACCUCUUGAGCGGUUUACCUAUAAUCUGUUCAAUGCUUUUCUGAGAGGAAAUAAAAAGGAUUACUACUUGCGAUGAUCA